AUGUCAGGUCCGGAUGACUCUGCCGCAGCUCCUCCUCCUCAAGGAUGCUGCUGCGCCUGUGCCUCUGUGCUGUGGAAGAUAGUGAAGGUCAUUUUACAUGUAGCGACUCUGCUCACCGUAUUCGUUCUGAUCCUUCCUGGUAUUGCUCAAGGCUUCGGUGCACGGAUCGCUCUUCAAUCAGUGUCCUACGCUGUCCUUGCUUGCCUAUACAUUGGCACCUCGUCUGAUCGGGCAGAGAAGAUCAUUUGCGGCGUGUUUCUUGGGGUCCUUGCUGCCGUGAUCGUCGCGGCAGCUCCCAGCGCGAAGGGCAAGAGAGCUCCCGUAACUGUCAUGUUCGCCUGCAACCUCGUGGCUCUGCUCGUGUACUGCACCUGGAAGAUUUGUAAACUGGUGCAGGCUUGUCUCCGGCGCCUCCGUGUUCGUGGCAAAGCUCCGGCUGCUGAUCCGGAGGCGCCACUCGUGAAGGCGCAGCUGCAGAAACCGGAAGCGGCCUGCACUGCUCCCGAGCGGCAGACCACGUUCCACAUCGAUGACCUGCCGCGGAAGUUCUCGUACGACGAGAUCCGCGCCGUGACCAGGGACUUUGGGACAGUGGUGGGGCGCGGCGGCUCCGCCGAGGUCUUCCGGGGCCUCCUCGACGACGGCACGGCGGUCGCCGUCAAGCGGAUCACCAGCUACAAGCCCGUCGGCGAGGAAGACUUCCUGAGGGAGAUCUCCAUCGUGGCGAACGUGCACCAGCGCAGCCUGGUGCGCCUCCUGGGGUACUGCCUCCUGCAAGGGGGGCAGUACCUGGUCUACCCGUUCUUGGAGAACGGGUCGCUGGACUGGUGGCUGUUCCACGGCGAGGAGCGCCGGCGCCUCCUGCCGUGGCCGGCACGGCGCCGCAUCGCCGUCGACGUCGCCAGGGCGCUCGCGUACCUCCACCACGAGUGCCGCCGGCAGAUCCUGCACCUGGACAUCAAGCCGGCCAACAUCCUCCUCGACGGCGGCUUCCGGGCGCACGUGUCGGACUUCGGCAUCUCCAUGUCCAUCGCCCAGGACCUGACCAGCGUCGACACCCGCGGGAGGGGAACGCCCGGGUACAUGGCGCCGGAGAUAUGGUUCAGCUCGCUGUCCACCAAGUCCGACGUGUACAGCUACGGCAUGACGCUCCUCGAGCUCGUCGGCGGGCGCAGGGGCUACCAGACCAGCAGGGACUCGUCGUCUGAGACGCCGGACUUGUUGGCGCGCGUCGUGCGGGAGAAGAUGGCGCGAGGCGAGCUCAAGGACGUGGUGGACGCGGCCAUGGCGGCCGUGGACGAGGGGGAGGUGGAGGCGGUGGUGAAGGUGGGGCUCUGCUGCGUCCAGCACCAGCGGGAGCUGAGGCCCAGCAUGGCAACGGUUGUGGACAUGCUGGAAGGGCGUGUCGCCGCCGAUCUGCCGCCGGAGAGCCGUGCGUCGCCCAUCGUGAAUUUUACGGUGCCUCUUUCCGCGCCAGUCACGCCCAACGGUGGCACUGACAAAAAUAAUGUUUCUUCAUUUCAGUACUAG